AUGCAAGGUAGUUAUAAAAACAAUGGUUUGCCAAGGCCAUACUAUAUGAAACCGUCGCUGAAUUUUUCACCUUAUCACAACAAAGCAAAGUCAUUUUUCGCUUCUCCAAGGCGAAAAGUAGUUGGGUAUUUGAUUUUAUUAAUAUUGUUUGGGAGUUGUAUGUAUUGGCUUUCUCAAGAUUUGAAGGGUUCAAUGGAACAACCAUCUUACGAAAUAGUUCAACCGGAUCUUGAAUACAAUAAGAACCUAGAUGAUAUCGUAGGAAUCGGAAAUGCAGACAAAGAAUCAGAAAACAUUGGAUUAGCUGGAAAUCUUGCGCAGGGAUCAAAGGGUGACAUCGGUGUAGGAGUUGCAGAAGCACCAAAAGGAGGUAUGGCUAAUGAAGCACCUGUGGUUGGCAAUGAGAACCCUAAUGCUAUCAAGAAGCCAAAACAAGGAAUCAAGGCAUCCAUGGAGGAUAAAUUAUGA